AUGGCGCAUCGACUCGCGGCGUCCCUGAAGUUUCGGCGGGCGGCGCAGCAUGUGAUGGAGGGCGUCCUCCCGCGCGCCAACCUAGGCGGAACUUCUGAUGGCGCCACCCCGGCAGGAGCAAGAAGCGUGAGUGCAGAGCAGGCGGCGGCAGCACCACGGACGAACCUGGAGCGUGGGGAGCAUCGUGAAGGUACAAGAAAGCAUCAGCAUCGACAGCAUGAGGAGCAUGGAACGGCCCGCCGCCCUUCCCAUACCUCCCCCGUCGGCCCCUCUCUCACCCGCCGCUUUUCUCGCUCAGACUCCCCCACUCUCCCCGACCACUCAUCCGCCCCUGCUCUCUCCGCCAAUUCCUCUCUUUCGUUGGCCACUUCCCCUGCCUCCGCCACCCUUCUACCUGCCGCCUCUGCUUCAGAACCUUCCUCGUGCACCACGUCUCCUUCGCACUCCCAUGACUACCCGGCCCUUCACAUCCCCUCCGCCCGCCCGUCACCACCAACUGACUCUCCCUCUUCCCCCUCCUCCCCUUCCUCCCUCUCCUACCCCUCCUCCGCUUCCUACCCAUCCUCCCCCUCCUACCCGUCCUACCCCUCCUCGCCGCCGUCCUCAUCUUCCUCCCCAUCCUCCUCUUCAUCACCUUCGCCCCACUCCCCCGCACCCCCGCCUGCCCACAUGCGCACGUCUCUGCCCCCGUCGCCCAAGGUCAGAAGACUGAGAGUGCAAAUGAGAGCAGCAGCAGCAGCAAGGCAGGCAAGCGAGCAGGGCGUGGGGGGCACGAGUGGUGGGAUUUUCUUUUGA